AUGAACUGUCGAGCAAGGCGAGCAAUAGUUCAAAUUGAACUAUUGCUCGACAUCGAGUGUCGAGCAUCGCGUGUCGAGCAACUUAGAACUGUCGAGCGAGGCAAAAGCGUCGAGCGUCAAGCAUUGAACUGUCGAGCACAAUUCACUCGUUGGGGAAAUGCUCCUCGAGGGCCGUAUAUACGUCCGGGAGACCUUGCUCGAGUCGGAGUACCUUCGCCCGACGAACUAUUGGACCCACUUCCGGAGCCGACUCCACCAGCAGCCCCUAUCUUAGGGCAAACCAGGAGGCACGACGCUGAGGCAGGCCCCUCUAGGCCUCAAGCCUACAGAGAUUUUCCACCUGGCACGGGUUCAGUGCCAUUAGUCUGUGAGCCACCAUUGUCAUCGAGGCAGUUGAGCAAGGCAGAGAUAGCAGCCGCUAUGGUCGACGUUGACAGAGUCUUAGCCGAUACCAUGGAUUUCCUCAAUAAGGGAAAAGCCCCGGCCAUGGACGACCGCCCAACUCUUCGAGUCACCUUGAAGAUGAUUCGCUCAGCCAUCAUUGGCCAGGCAGCAGGUGAAGGAGGGGGUUUGAAAUGUGGCAAGAGCUGUCGACUGCGAUGGAUUAACUAUCUCCGCCCCGAUAUCAAGAGAGGCAAAUUCUCCCAAGAAGAGGAGCAAACCAUCCUCAAUCUCCACGCCAUUCUCGGCAACAACGCCAUAUUUUUGUGA